CUACUUUAUCGGCAGAAUAUUUUGGCUCCUGAGAAUUGAACAGAGAUAGAAGAAUAACAUAUACAUAUGUAAUUAGUCACUCCUCUGUGCUAUUGGCAUUUUACAUAAAUAAUAAACACUGCGAAAACAAUAACAAUGCCAAGUAAAUGGAGUCGGAUAAGUUAGGUUAUAGUUAUGGAUUCUGCAACGAAUCACGAAAAAUGCAGAUUGUGUUUAAAGGAAAAAUCAUGUAUGAAAAACAUAUUCGAAUACGGCUUAAAGAAUUCAGACUUAAAUACAAUUGAAUGUGUGUACUGGAUGUUUGGAGUGGAAAUUGAUUGUGAUGAUGGAAAAAGCAAGUACAUUUGUAAUAAAUGUUUAAACCUAAUAGAACUAAUAGCAAAAUAUAGGAAAUUAUUUCAAGAAAAUCAGUUAUUCUGGAAUAACCUUACAUCUUCAAAUGUUCAGAUUUCUUCACCACCCGAACUCACAGUUGAGUCAGUCGAAGAUAACAGUGCACUAUGCAUAGAACCUGAGAUGCCAAAUUUAAGGUCAAUUUACGAAAUUGAUCCAAACUAUUCGUUAAAUAGGGAAAGAUUAUCAAGAGACUCAACUUUAAAGUAUGUACGGGUCCCAAUACAAUCGUUAAGCUACUUGCAACCUUUCGUAGAACUAGACUCAUUAGAAAAAAUUAAAGAAUACGAACAAAUCACAAAGAUUACUUACAAAAAGAUUAAAAAAACAACUAUUGAAAAAGUUAAAGAAAAUUAUUUGAAUGUAAAGUAUGCAACAAAGACUGAUAACGUAAAAGUUGAUAACCAGAAGUUGGAAGCUUUAAAAGACUAUUAUUACUUAGUGAAUACAAGCUCAAUUAGAGAAUUAAUUCGGGAAAAAUCACACUUUAAUAAUACAGAACAAGUAUUGUCGCAUUACCCAUAUAUUCGCAGAGAAGAAAUAAACGAGAAUAAUUUGUUUACAACCACAGAAAAAAGCGUGUUUGUUUGCGAAUAUUGUAGUGCUUCAUUUACAAUUUUAUAUUACUUGAAACAUCACCUUAGAUAUAAGCAUCGUAAAGCAUUUUCGGCCGAGGAAAAUUCCAAAAACCAUGGUCAAAGAAAACCUCUGGGUGUUAAAAAUAAAGAGAAUACUAUACCGGAUGAAAAUGAAGAUGCUGAUGACGAAGAUGAAGAUAAAAGUUCACCACCCAAAACCUUCAAUAAAAAUAAGUCUCGUAGAAAGGGUAAAAGAACUAGAAAAGUUAUUGAAAGCAGCGAAGAAGAGUGUAUUGAAGCAAAGAAAUAUGAUCAAAUUAAAAAAUUAAAAAAAAAUACCACUAAGGAGUCUGAUAUUAAAGUUAAAGAGACCACCAUCACUAGAAAAGACGACCUUGUAAAUAAUAUAAAAACAAUUGUAAAUAGCGAUGUUAUAAGGGAAAAUGCAAAUAAAACAACAUUAAAAAAUAAUAUUAAAGCCAAAUUUAAAAAAAUUGUAAAUAUUGGUGCUACAGAAAAUAAAAUAAAGCGCGUCAAAGGAAAACAGCAAAGACUGGCAGCUUGGCGUGCCAAUCGAGUUUUAAAUAAAAGUUCCUUGACUAAUUUAAGAAAACGCACUAUGAGGCAUAAUCCAACUGUCUUAAAACCAAGUUCAACUAACAAGUCAGCAACAAAUGAAAAAUUACCUAUUGAUAAGAAAAAUACAAAACCUAACAAUUCAAAUAACUUGAGAAAAACACCGUUAGCAAUCAACGCUAAGAAAAGUAAGGAAGAACAUAGGUCUCUAAAUGAUUUACUAAGUGAAGUGGUUAAUGGCUUUAAUAAUACAAAUCCUAAACCUGUAAUAGAUAAUUUAUCGUCAAAUAAUCUUGAUAACACUAAGUCUAGUCCUUUGAGGUCUGAAUUUCCAAAAGACCUAAAAAAUAAGCCCAAGGUAGCUAAUAUCAGAAAUAAGGUUUUAAUACCGAGAAAAACUCGUGAUAAAAUUAAAAAGAAGAAACUUAGAAUAUACAAAAGUACAGAUAUUGAUGAUGAGACAGCUGCGUUUUUAGUUGAGAUGAAAAACGAAAUAAACGAAGAAAUGAGAAUGCAUUGGAGAAACCUCAAUAACGAUAGAGAAUCGGAAAUUAAAAAAGUCGACGAUCUUAUCAGCCCGGCCCGUCAAUCUGAACUGAUCACUACACACGAUCCAAAAGACGAGAGCAUACCAAAAUUAUCACCCAAUAGAGAACAACCAUAUAAUAAAAGUUUUAGCGACAGCGAAAUGCCUUUGUUGACAAAUGAAGAGGAUGUGAAGCCGAAACUCCUAAUAAACGUUAGAAGGUUAAACGAUUUGAGUGAUAUAAUCCCAAAAGAAAAAUCGACGAAAAAAUCUAAAUGGAAACCCUUUGAAGGUAGGCGUAAACGAAGAAAAAAUAAGAAAACAAACUUUCGCGUAAAGUUAAACCCCGUUCGUUUAAAACUAAAAAAUAAUCUUACUAGUGGGCCCAAAGAAGAAACAAAGAUUGAGGACGUUGAUUUAUUGUUCGACAUAAAAAAUAUAUUGGAAGAUAACGAAAUGAUGAAAGACAUGCCAGCAGAAAAUGACAUUUUGGACGGUAUUAACUUUACGCAUUCGGAACUAGCGAGUUCAUCGUCCAGUUUGAUGCACGAUAAUUCGGGAACUAGCAUUUGUUCGCCUGUGAUAAACAAAGAAUACUCAAAAAUGUUGAAUGAUGUCCUUAAAUUUUCCUCACAUCCCUCAACCAACACCGACAACUUCAAUAAAGUCAUGGGAAUCCAAAAGAAUGGAGAAUCGAAUAAAUUUGAGUGCUUAGCACCUAAAGAUUUUGAUGUUGAAAACAAUCAGGGCUCCUUGGUUAACGAAUUGGACAAACCUUUAAAAUCAGUGCUACCAAAAUCGCGUAAACACACCAGUGUGAAAAGUAAGUGUGCCUCAGAGAAAAAAAUAUAUACAAAUUGUAUUUUGUAUAACAAUAAAAUCAUAGAUGUUAAAUCGGAAUACAACAUAAACUAUUCAAAGACUAAUAUACAACCUGUGGUGCUUUUAAAUAAAUUAGAGCACAAGGACAUGCUGGUAAAAAACAUUUUAAAUCAAGAUCUUAGUGAAGCUAUUGAACAAUUUCUGAAUAUGUCGUUGUAAAAUGUAAAAAGUAAGUACAAAAUAAAAAUAAUUUAAGAAAUUUAUUAUUUUUGCAUACUUAGCUAAAUACACCAUGUUAAAUAUUUUAUUUAUUUUUUACUUUUUUAUAAAAUACAUUCUUGCUGAGUUGUUGCCGAAUAUUCUAGAUUUUUAUGUUUUCAUAUACAUGGUGUUACAUCAUACAGGUUUGAAAAAAUGUAAUGGUGGAUUCCUUAGUAAAAAACAAAAUGCAGGAUUUUUUGGUAUAUUUGAAACCUUUUUUGAAUCUAAUAUUUUUUACUAAUAAUUUCACUCUUUUAUUUUUUCCAAAACUGUUACAUCCUACAAAUAAAAUGCGUGAUAAAUGAGAUUGAAUACAAACGGGGUGUUGCAGUUUGUUACAACAUCUUACUGCAUUUUUCAUAUAAAUUAAAAAAAAACUAUUUUUACAAAUUCCUGCAUAAUUUGUGUAUGUGAUAUGUGUUAAUUUAGGUUUUAUAAAUGAGUUUAU